AUGGCUAAAUUCUAUGUGUUAAAUACUGUUACUUUUACUUCUAUCAAUGCAAAGGAUUUUCACUAUAAAGCUCCAAUUCCGGAAGUUAUGUUGUCUGUUGUUCUGGCUAACAAUAAGGUUAUCUUAAUCUAUAGAAAGAAUCCAACUCAAGUUGUUCUAUCUAUGACUCCAAAUGAGCUUGCUGCAUUAGAAGCUGCUUCUGUUGGUCCGAAAAGGACAGAUAAAGAUGAUGAGGUUACGAUUCCGAAUAAUCGUGUUGAUAAUGAUAUUGGUCUUGAAGAUACAUGUUUUUCUACUGAUAUGAAUGCUCAGGUUUCACAACCUCCAAUUAAUACUCCACCUGUGUUUCAUGAUGCUACUACCACCACUACAACUCCAAUUUCAAAGGUUCCAGUUACAUCAUCUACACUUCGAACACCUGUUGAAACUGUUGUCCCUGAUGUCAAUACAGAAGAUCAUCUCUUUGAUGAUAAUGAAGAAUUUUUUGUACAAGAUCAUCUCCACUUCAAAUAUUUGUUGAAACUGUCUUGGCUACUUCUCUUCUUAAUGAUGAGAGUGAUUUAG